AGAAAGAAAGCGAGAUUGUCAACUCUCCAGGCACAUGAUUUGUCCUGCCUCGGGGUGGUCUCUAUGUCGUGGGAUACGAGACAGCUGGGUGUCAGGGGAUAAUGAGUGCAAUGUCUUCCUAAGAAGAUUACUCAGGUCGUUAGCGCGCUCCACCACUGCCGUGUGCCGCACGGUCAGACAAAAGCACAACUUGCUCCAGUGUCCAGUCAGGAGCAAGGCAAAAUUGGCGCCCACGUUUGCACGAUGUUCUCGAGUCCCGUUCAACUGCCGAGGGCCACAGGGGACGCGUUCCACGAUUCGCACCUCCACCGCAGAGCGGUUUCCUGAAGGGGGCUUUCUUGUUUUGGGGACUGAGCAGGCAUGAGGACUCGACCUGCUGGAAUCGGAAAUGCCAACGCCGACUGGAUGGGCUCGCUGCCCCCCAAACUUUGGGUCGUGCCACUCAAACACCUUGCCGUUCCAGGCUCUCAUGACUCCUUCACCUACUGGGUGGAUGCGCACGCUCCCGUCGGUCCCGAUCAAAAGAUCUACGUCAAGUACCUGGCUACCAUGUUUAGCGUUUUAGCCAAGAAGGUGAUGGUGAAGUGGUCCAUGACGCAGAACCUGACGUUUAAGGAGCAACUGGAUGCAGGUAUCCGCUACUUUGAUCUCAGGGUCUCUUCGAAGCCGGGCCAGCCGGGGCUUGAGAUUUUCUUCAUCCAUGGUCUGUUUGGACACAAGGUGAGAGACGGCCUCAUUGAAAUCAACUCCUUCUUGUGCGGGCACAGGAAAGAGGUUAUCUUCUUGGACUUCAACCACUACUACGCGAUGGGCUCGGCACACCACGAAUACCUCAUCAAAAUGCUGCAGGAAGUGUUUGGCAGUAAGCUGUGUAAGGACUGCGAAGUGGAGACCGUCACUCUGGACUACCUCUGGAAAAACAAAUACCAGGUCAUGGUUUUCUACCAUCAUCCGUCAGCUCGGGGCGUCCCCGUCAUGUGGCCCGGCGACAAGAUCCCCGCGCCGUGGGCAAACACCACCGAACCCAGCAAGCUCAUUCGGUUCCUGGAAAGCACCCUGAAGCAAAGAGCCAAGCAGGGGUCAUUCCAUGUGUCCCAGGCGAUCCUCACGCCCCGGGUCAACACCGUGGCCAGGGGUCUGCUUUGGGGGCUACGGAAUUACUUGGUUGAAAGAAACCUCCCAUCCAUCAUGUCCUGGGUGGAGGUCCAGAGGCCAGGGUCGGGCGGGGUCAACAUCAUUACCUCUGACUUUGUGGAACUCACCGACUUUGCCAACAUUGUCAUCGGCCUCAACAACUUGCUGUUGUCUGAACAAGAGCGCAAAGCGAGAUGACGACAACUGGAAACAGGUGUGCCCACUGAUACCGCCGGCGACAGGCUAUUGUCCAUCGCUUGCGGUUGCGGUGGUUCGUGCCCAAGCCGCGUGCAGCCGAGCGCUGUCAUCCCAAGUCACCAGCACGGCAUUUUAAUUGUGGAGUCAUUCCGCAUUCCGCAACAGGCAAGUGGGAACGCAAAGAGGAGCAGCGUUGAUUGAUGCUGCGCAUUCCUCUGUUGUUUGCGUUGGCCCUUGCGCACUCUUCAUUUCUUUCCAACCAAUGGACAGUGGCUGCCAAUUUCCCAUGUUUCAAAAAGCUUCCGCUUUAGUGUGCCGUGCUGUAGAAAUAGAGUGGAGGCUCCAAAG